AGAGGCAUCACAACACUCCUUACUGAGCACCUUGCAAAAUCUCUUGCAAUUAUCUUUGGAAAGCAUGUUCAAAGGGCUAUUUCUUUGUGUACUGUUGGCUGUGCUCUCAGCACAGUCAAUGGCUCAGCCAAAAGCCUCUGCAGAUGAAGAGGAAAUAAAUGAACGAGUAGCUCGAGGUUUGCUGGGAACACUUCUGAAGACUGGUUUGAAAGUGGGUUCAAAUCUUUUAGGAAGGCGAGAAGCCAAUGAUCGCCGCUUUGCUGAUGGACCUAAUGCAGUGGGUCAAACAGAGUACGAGGGUUGGAUGGAUUUUGGCCGCCGCAGUGCCGAAGAAGAGUAAUACUGUUCUGGAGAACAUUAAAUAUAUAAAAAUGCAUCUGUUUCUGUACAAAUGAAAUAAAGCAUUCCCUACCUGAAGGAAUCUGUGCUUCAAUCUAUAUUAAUGUCUAUGUUCUUAGUCGUGGGUUAAAAAUUUGCAUUAAAAUUUAUAUUAGCAGA